AUGAGAGUUGUAGCAACGGGUAGGGGUACAUCCGAUCAGGCUAACACAAGAAAAUGCACAUGUUCCAAGAAGACCAAAUUUUUGUUUCGUAGUUUUCUCUUUCUAAGAGCGGGGUAACAAACCCAAACGAGAACUUCGCGGUUGAGUUCUCAUCCGGCCGGCCGGCCGGAUGUAAACUCAACCACAUCUGUGGCGGAUUGAAAUCGGCCGGCCGGUCGUCCGGGUCCUCUUCUUCCCUCCUGGUCGACGGCCUCACUCUUCUUCUUGUCACCCCCCAGCUGCGCAGUUUCACUACGCAGAAAGCCCGAGCUUUGUCAUGCAAAAGCUGCGGCAAGUGCCUGAACCCAAGAAGCAGAAGCUGCGUUGUUUGCUACUUCUCCUGCGAGUCGCCGGAAAAGGCGAAGAGCCUGGGGACCCAGAGGAUGGGGGCACAGCCCAAAGCGGGCGCGCAGCGCUGAGUGACCAUGCCGGCUGCGGCCGGGCGCCGACGAACCCCACAAGGAAGCAACGCAACAGCGUACAACUUGCGCGCGCGGGCCGUCCUGAUGUGCCACCUUCGCGUGUAGGAAAAGAUAAAGAUUGCUAGGGCGCCAGUAGCCCGGCGGAGGUACACAGGGGGGCGGCCCAGGCCAUUUGCAUUGUCCCUGCUACCGGGUGGGGGUAGCUUUGGAGCCCGACGGACGCGCCGCAGGAUUCGGGCGCCGGCAGAAAGGGCAGCGCGCGCGGCGCGUCGGAGAUUGGUUGCCCGGCGCGCCGAGCGAGGCCCCGCCUCCCAUCGCGCAAGUCGGUGGACGCGCGAAGCGCGUCCGACCCGGGUCCGGCGCAAAUGCCAACUGCUGCGCCGAAGCAAGCAUUAGCCAGCGGAGAGGCGCGCGGACGCGCUUUCUGGGCCGGCGAUUGCAGCGUACAACCACAACGGGCGCGCGUUGCGCGCCCCGCGAAAUUUUGCCUAUUGCGUGUGCGAGCCCCGCGAAUGUUUUUGCAUUCAAUUCUUUCGAAUUCCACCCAGAAGCCAAAAGGCAUAGCGCAGUCCAACUAUGAAAGCGCGUCCGCGGCGGGCACGCACAAUGCGCCACCUUUAAAAUUUAACUUCUGCGCCGCUGCAUAGCGUAGCUUCCCUGUAUUCGCAGCGGGCGCGCGCAGCGUGCCCAGAGAAUUUUUGUGUUGGUUGCACACGGCCCCCGGCGAAAGGGGAGUGAGGGGGGCGUCGGUCUCUAGCAGGCCGCUCCCCCCCUUUCGCCCGAGCGAAAGGCGGGCCAAUUUUUGCCAGAAGAUGACCAGGACGACCGGCCGGUCGAUUUCCGCCGCUGAUGUGGUUGAGUUCUCAUCCGGCCGGCCGGCCGGAUGAGAACUCAACCGCGAAGUUCUCGUUUGGGUUUGUUACCCCGCUCUAAUUAGUUUCACUGAUUUUACCAACAUCUUCACACACCCCAGUUUGCACCCUUUCGCUUUCCGAACAAUCCCAAUCGUAGUUUACGUAAAGUAUUAUUUCUGUCAAAUGAAAAGGCACAAGAACCUCAAAGCUAGUUUUCCUAUCCGAGGGAAGUUGCCCCAGUUUCAUACUGUCGGAAGUCCGCCGAGACGCGGAAUAACGGAGCACCACCAUCUGGGCGGCGCUGGAGUCAAUUUGUCAACGGGUGGAGGCAGUAGUCAUAAAUCUACCAGCACAACUGCCAGAGGAGGACUACAAAUCAUCGGAACGAACAAUAGCUACAGCAACAGUAGAUGAUGAGUUGCUUGCUUUUUGUCGUGUCACUCCAUGGCUGAAGAGUUUUUGAUAAAAAUUUCGAUCCAUCGUAGAGAGAGUAUAUAUCUGCACUUGCAUAUGUGAUUGUCAGCCUUUUGCUGCAUUUCGAGUUUGUAUGGCACGGGACUGAACCUUUUUCGCUUGACGUGGUUGGUCCACGAGUUUUUUUGCACACGUGCUAAGGAGAGCCCGAGGAUGCUACAGAGCCUAAGCUUGGCUGGAUUCCGUCUUGACGGAACAAAAUAAACAAUUGUGGAGCUUGAGCUUGCGUAUGUUUUUUAAAUUUAGCACAUACCGCGUCAGCUGGUGCAGGGUGGUCACCGUUCUUUGAACAGAGGAAUAGGAAAAGUCAUUCGAAAUGUUAAAAUCUCGACAGCUGAGCAACAAAAAAAAAAGAACGAGUGCUAGAACACACUAGCUGCUUGCUCUCUCAUGCAAUUUUCUGCUACUUUGCUGCGGUUGAUUCAAAACCAACGUGAACGUACGAAGCUUCUCCCUUUUGCAGUUCCCACUUUCGAGAGCGAUAUCGUACUUAUUUUUCCACCAGCUUUGCUUUCGCCUUUUGUCAUGACCGGUUCGCUGUUCACUACAUGUACAUUCACGACGAGAACUGAAAACAUUGGUCCGGUCGUAGUUUCAUGCUGCUACUUGGUGGUCGCCGACAUUUUGAUCGUAAUCGGUAUCAAGACGAAGACUGGGAGAGAUAGAUGAGAUGAAAUCUUUGGUAGUCCGAGGUGCGGAG